AUGGGUGAAUCAAUAGUGGGUCUUCCAUCCACACAUGAUUCAGAUUUCAUUUUUGAUAAUAAUACUCCACAGUUGAAUGGUGAAGCAGCUCAACCAAGUGUUGCUCUUUCAAAUAUUGAGAAGGAAAUGUCUAUGGUGUCGUAUACAGAUGGACACAAUGACGGAGUUAUCCAUGAUGUUGCUCAUAUUGUGCCAAUUCAUGAUGUUCAAGAAAAUGAAGAGACUCGGGAGACUGUGAAAUUUGACACGAGCACACCACAUACAAUGCUGCGAAAACCUCUUUCUAAACCAUUAGAAUCAUCUUAUAGGAAAAGAAAAUUGAAUUUUACUCCUCUCGAGACAAGAAAAAAAAUCAUUACAGUAGCUCACGAAAAAGAACUCUACUUAAAGAAGAAAGGAGCCAGUGUUGCCAUAGAAGGAGAUCAUUUAGCGGAAGCGAAAGAAGCGUUGGUUUUCUUAAUCACAGCUCUCAAUGGCAAUUUUAAAAUUCCAGUGCCAUUCUUUUUGGUAGAUGGCGUCACAGGAGCUCAACGAGCGGAGAUAUUGCACUUGCCCAUGAGACAGGAAUUAGAAUUGUCGCAUUAA